UCUUUAUUACCCUGCAAGAAAACCUAACUGGUAGGAACAAGAAUUUCAUGAAGAGGCACAUAUAAAAGGAAUGAAGGACCUGUAUGAGAUUCCUUGAACCAUUCCUUUAAACAAUAUUCUCAUGCAUGUUUCCAAAAGCUGCAAAUGGAGAUGAUCAAGACUCUUACAUUAAUGCUUUUUGCAGCCAUCUUAUUGCUUCUGCCCAAGAUGGAGGCCCAACCAUUUUCACGCCCACUUUGUGUCUCCCAGUUUGCGCUAGUGAACUAUGCCUGUGCAAUGCUGCCAUACAUCCCAUUGCCACCGUUGGUACCUCCUAUGCCAUCCCUGCCACCGGCUCCUCCCUCUGAUUAUGAUGAAGAGAAUAGGCGUGGCCACAGUCACGGUCAUGGUCAUGGCCAUGAUCAUCAUGGGCAUGAACAAUGGCCUGGUCAGGGACACGAGCAUGGACGCAAUCAUAGUCAUGGUCAAGGUCAGGGGCGUAGGCAUGGACAUGAACGUAAACAUGGUCAAGAACAGAGUCAUGGGCACAGGCAUAGGCAUAGGCAUAGACAUGCAAUUCAACCUGAAUCAACUGAGCAAGCGAACUGUUGCAGGUGGCUAAAUGAGUUAGAUGAUGAGUGUGUAUGUGACCUGCUGGUUCGAUUGCCGCCCUUCCUCUCAAGGCCUAUCCAUAUGUAUAAUCUUUAUCUUGAUGAGACGUGCAAUGUAACUUAUGCAUGUGAAGGGCGACUACUAAGACCAUAGUGGAAUAUUAAUUAUGAUAUUUCUCUUGGUCUACUAAGCCUAAACUAUAGUUGCCAGAGUUCUAAGGUACACGAUUAUAACUUCUGCAAUGGGAUAGCUUUGGUUCAGCUUGUUUUAA